UACGGCCCGAUAGUGACCAGACCCGUGACAACAGCUCUGCAAGCAGUCGAAUCGGUGCGUAAUGCUGGCAGCUAAACUUCUGUUGGCCCUGCUCGCCUCCUGCCUGCUGCAGUGCAGCGGCCACCAGGCGCAGGCAGCGGCCGCGGGCAGCGCYGCCAACGGCGGCGGCGGCGGCAACAGCCCCAAUGGAUUACAGUGCAAGCGCAUCGCCGUGUCCGCCUGCCAGGGGCUCGGCUACAAUAUGACCGCGUUGCCCAAUCUCGCGGGUCACACCAAUCAGCUGGAGGCUGAGCUGCAGAUAGCCAAACUGUUGCCGCUGAUCGAGUCUGGCUGUUCGCGGCGAGCACGUUUUCUGCUCUGCUCGGCGCUGUUUCCGCUCUGCAGCCCGGAUGUGCCACGCCCCGUGACUGCCUGCAAGUCGCUCUGCGAGACGGUCAAGGGCGAAUGUGCCGCGAAUGCGGCGCCGGAGCUGAUGCAGCUGUGGCCGCAGUUUCUCAGCUGCGACUCGCUGCCCCAGCCGGAGAACCACGAGCUCUGCAUGCAAAUACCGCAGGAGGCGGCGGCCAGCGAAGGCUCCGCUGUGGGCGUGCCAGCGCCCAGCGCCGAUGGACAACAGACSUCGGCCGCCGAGCCGCCGCCGCCGCAACAGCAGCAACUGUAUUGGUCCUGGAUGGCCUGGAAGAUGUCCGCGCAGCUGGGCAAAUCGCCGUCCAGCAACGGAGCGCCGGGCGCAGCCGGCUCAAUUGGCUCAGUCGGCGUCGGCGUCGGCGUCGGCGUCGGCGUUGGCUUUUGUCCGCAGAACUUCAGCGUGAAUCCGCUGAACGGCGAGGAGUGCCUGCCGCAGUGCCAGCGCGACGCGUUCCACACGACGCAGCAGAAGAAGCUGACCGAAAGCCUCGUCCUGGGCCUGUCCGCCGUGUGCUUCGUGCUGACGCUGUUCGCUCUGGUCACGUUCUGGGCGGAGCCGACGCGCUUCGGCUACCCGGAGCGUCCGGUGCUGUUCCUCUGCCUGUGCUACAAUCUGUUCAGCGUCUGCUAUCUGGAGCGCAUCGUGUUCCAUCAGGCGCGCAGCCUGGCGCUGCUGCAGGAGCCGGGCGGGCGAGCGGGUCGGGCGGCCUGCGCCCUCACCCCGCCCUGCUUGGCCUCGUACAUCAGCACCUCGUACCUGAGCCUGUGCGCGGCCAGCUGGUGGCUGAUCUUUGCGCUCUGCUUCUACCUCUCCUCGCACAAGAAGUGGUCCAGCGAGGCGCUGGAGAAGCGCUCCGGGCUGUUCCAUGUGCUCGCCUGGGUGCCGCCGCUGGCGCCGCCCAUCGCCGCGCUGCUGCUGGAGCGCGUGCGGCCCAGCGAGCUGACCGGCAUGUGCACGGCGCCCGGAUUUGUGGAGCUGCCAGCGCUGGCGCUGCUGCUCCUCGGGCUCUACUUCACGCUGCGCGCCUCCCGGUCGCUGCACACGCUGCAGCAGCAGCUGCAGCCGACGCUGGCGCAUCAGCGCUUCGCCCAGAUACGCAAACGCUUUGUGAUCUUCUCGCUGCUGUUCUUCGUGCCGACGGCGGCGGGCGUGGUGGCCGCCUUCUGUGAGCGGUACGUGGAGGCGGUGCCCAGCUGCGCGACGCCGGAGGAUUGCAUGCAGCCGGCACAGCUGAGCGCCUGGCCGGCGCUGGUGCGCAUCUUCUUUCAGCUGGUGGGCGGCACGCUGACCGGCAUGUGGGUGUGGUCGCGCAAGACCUGCGAGAGCUACCGCAGCCGCCUGGUCGCCGGCGGCUCGCCCAGCUCCUCGCUGAUGACGCAGCACAAGUCGUCGGCGGCGGCGCUGCCCAAGAAGCAUCUCUACGCCAGCGGCAAGUCGAUGCUGGCCGUGACGGCGCCCCCCGCCUCCUCCGUCCAGGCGCCCCUCUACGCGGGCAUCAGCUUCCACAACGUCCCCGUCUACAGUCCGCACCAGUCGCGCGUGUAGCAGCCAACGCGAGACUCGGCCUGGCCGGAUCUCAGCCUUGUACAUAUGGUAGCGCGGGCGGGCU